CAGAAUCAAGAAAAAGACAGGAUGGGCACCGCUGGAAAAGUUAUUAAGUGUAAAGCAGCUGUGCUAUGGGAACUGAACACACCAUUCUCCAUUGAAGAAAUAGAAGUUGCCCCACCAAAGGCUAAGGAAGUUCACAUUAAGAUUUUGGCCACAGGAAUCUGUCGCUCAGAUGACCAUGUGAUAAAAGGAGCAAUAGUGUCAAAGUUUCCAGUGAUUGUGGGACAUGAGGGAACAGGGGUUGUAGAGAGCAUUGGAGAAGGAGUCACUACAGUGAAACCAGGUGACAAAGUCAUCCCUCUCUUUCUGCCUCAGUGUAGAGAAUGCAAUCCUUGCCGUAAACCAGAGGGCAAUCUUUGCAUCAGAAGCGAUUUGACUGGUCGUGGAGUACUGGCCGAUGGCACGACCAGAUUUAUGUGCAAGGGCAAACCAGUCUACCACUUCAUGAACACCAGCACAUUCACUGAGUACACAGUGGUGGAUGAAACAUCUGUUGCUAAAAUUGACGGUGCAGCUCCUCCUGAGAAAGUCUGUUUGCUCGGUUGUGGAUUUUCUACUGGAUAUGGAGCUGCUGUGAAAACUGGCAAGGUCACACCUGGUUCCACUUGUGUUAUCUUUGGCUUGGGAGGAGUUGGUCUAUCGGUUAUCAUGGGCUGUAAGUCAGUGGGUGCCUCCAGGAUCAUUGGCAUUGAUCUCAACAAAGACAAAUUUGAGAAGGCCCUGGCUGUUGGAGCCACUGAGUGUAUUAGUCCCAAGGACUCUGCCAAGCCCAUCAGUGAGGUGCUGUCAGAAAUGACGGGCAACUCUGUGGACUACACUUUUGAAGUUAUUGGGCAUCUUGACACCAUGCUUGAUGCCCUUUCAUCCUGCCAUAUGAACUAUGGGGUAGGUGCUCCUCCAUCAGCCAAGAUGCUCAGCUAUGACCCAAUGCUGCUCUUCACUGGGCGCACGUGGAAGGGGUGCGUCUUUGGAGGUUGGAAAAGCAGAGAUGAUGUACCUAAACUAGUGACUGAUUUCCUGGAAAAUAAAUUUGAUUUGGACCAGUUGAUAACCCAUGUUCUACCUUUUAAAAAAAUCAAUGAAGGAUUUGAACUGCUGAAUGCAGGGCAAAG